UUAUCCAUUUCCCCAUCUUGACCCUGUACACCACCCUCACAGCACACACCUCCCACACCAGGACCAGGCGCACGGGAUUCAGGCUUAUUGAGCUGUUUAUCGGGCUUCGGGAAGGAGCUUUGCUACUAUACCAUAGCCUAGUUGGCGUGGGUUGCUGACAACGAGCUGAUUAAUUGGGCUGUGGUUGCCUGGUACGGACCGACGGGGGUUCUGCGAGCAACAGCACCCACAGAGUUCCAUGAACAUUUUUCGAAGGUUUUGAAUCAGGCAUCCGGGCUUGAUCGUGCGAGGUCUUCGAGGGAGUUUUCUACGAACGUUUAAAAUUCCUACGAAGCGUUUGAACAUUCGAUGCAAACGACGCCGGAUGACGCACGACUCCUUACGGCGGUUGAGAAAGGAAACACAAGACGGGCGGAGAAAAUCAUCGCAGCCGGUCAGGCUAGCGUGGACGGCGAUGGUCUCACCCACUACCGGUCCCUCCUCCUCGCGGCCGAGCUCGGACUCGCCCGCAUGGCCAAGGUGUUAAUCGACAAUGGGGCCAAUCAUGACGCCGGCUCUCCGUUGGAUCUGGGCGGAAAUGACGUCAAGGCUCUUCUUGUGCGCGGAGCGACUGCGGUUCAUUCUGCUGGGUUCUUUCGCCAGACCGCCGUUCUGAGGUUAUUGCUCACGGCGGGUGCCAACCCAAAUGCUGUUGACUCGAACCAGGCCACCGCCCUGCUACUCACGUGCAGGGCAUCUGAAAACGGGCUCCGCGCGGCUGUCGUGCACUAACUUUUGAAAGCGGGGGCAGACCCUGCAACUGAAAACGUCCUCGGAAACCUUCCUUUGCACUACGCCACUUUGGAAGGAGAUACCGAAUCGAUCGGCUUGCUGCUGGAAGCGGCGCCAUCGACCGUGAAUCGCGCCACGAAAGGUGGCAUGACGCCUCUGUGCGUGGCUUCUGAGUUCGGGCAGGCGCAGGCUGUCUCCUGUCUGCUGUCUGCCGGUGCAACGAGCAAAGGGAUACCGUGCCCCCUCACCACUGCCACCGCGAACGGGCAUGAAUCCGUGAUCCGCGUGCUGCUUGGUACUAAGGCACGGAUAGAGGCGUUGGAGGCGUGGACAAACUUCCCCCGGCGUUGUGCCACGCUGUCCAGGAACAUACUGCAUGCGCAAUCCUGCACGGAUUCCUGUCGGUUGAGGGGGAGUCGAGGCGGAGAUACUGGGCGCAGUCAAGCGUGGAAGGUUUCCCCAUCCUGGCCAUGGCCGCUACAUUCAACAAUCUUGCCGCUGUCGAGGUGUUGCUCUCUGCCGGGGCUGGCGAGCUGUACGAUGGUGAUCCUUCCACCGACAUUUCGGCAUGCCAGUCAGCGUAUAAUGCCAAUCCGGAUGACAUUACCCAGGGGGCCAUCACUCGAGCACUCAUGCGUGGCUAUGCCUUCCGCGCUCGCUCGUGGACGUUUCCGGCUGUAUCUACUUCGCCUUCGACUGGAAGUGCUCACCUUGCUGGUGUAGACCCGUCGCGCGUACCGAAACCAACUGCCUUGCUCUUGGCACGUAUUUGCCGCCCGAACAAGAGUUUCGUUCUGCCUUUUCAUAGGUAAGGACCGGGAUGCGGGAGAGUGUGUGAUAUGGAACGUCUUCAUUGGUGUAAGCGUAGAAUGUCUUUGGUCCUUUGGUCAAGUAACGCUCAUUCCAAGGAGGAUGGCAGGUGUGGGCGCGACGUGCGAUGGAUGCUGUUGGUUGCCGUCGUCAGUGUUGUCGCCCGCACUUUGUACCCCUCCCAACUUGUUUGCAUGUGGUGGUGUUUUGUCUUGAAGCACCUGUGCCGCUUGUGGCCUUGGUAUUCAAGUUGAUCAAAGUUUUCUGUGUGUGGUGCCAAGGUCAUGGAUGAACGUGUUUCAUAAGAGGCCACGCCUCGCGGUGUUGAAUCGCGAAAUCGUGUUGCUUCACGGCACUUGUCGUGUAGGCGGAUGGCCGAUAGUGCACACUGGUAUCCGAACAGCGGAACCGCAGCUCGAGGCAGGACUAAAUUAACCAAUAUCCGCAUUGUGCAAUCGCUGAUUACUCUGUACAUUCUUCCUUUAAGAUCUCCCUACGCCAGGUACGUCCUGAAGUCCUGAAGGGGAGCGGAUCACAACUGGCGGACAUGAGCCGCUGCAAAGAGCGAUUCCCUAUAAGCGCAUUGUGAUGUGAGGACCACCUCAAGGUCAAACAGAUGGGCUCUUUGCCGCCCAUUUGGUCUCGUCAAAAGAACUGUCUUGACUAUUUUUUGUUGUAAUACCAGGCGUAUCACUAAUAGUGGGGUAUCGAAUGCAGAUGUUGCAUAGAAAUGUCCGUUACAUUUGGACAACUGCUGGCACAGGUGCGGCACACCACGCCUUUGUAACCUGGCUUGGCUCACAGCUGUACCUCUGUCGUUCACGGCAAAACUUGAACAUGAAUUUUGAGGAACCCUUUCAGCGGAUCUGACUCUUCGUUGAGAAUGCAAUAUACCAAGCAAAAUUGCACAAGCAGAACCACCAGGGAAAUGUUUCGACUACACAGUCACAGCAGACCCGAACCCACUACGUUUUUUCAGAGUUUGCACAUCGCAUCGCAUCAUCUUCGAGCUGCAGCUGUUGUUUCUGGUGGAUGGGUUUCCUCCAUAACGUGGCGCGUCCUCCAUAAGGCGCGCGUACAAGAUUUUCUCCUCUGGCGGUGGAGGAAGGUGUACCCUCGGGAACCGUCCUAGCUGAAAUGUGUGACGCGGUUCCUAGGAGGGUGCAUUCCUGUGACGCCGAUGGAUUUCUGCAUGUACGAGAAAAAGGGUUGCACGUGUCCAAGCCGAACUUGAACCUAUUUCGUAGGAAAUUUGACGUAGGCAUACACUGGUUUUCCCGGUUUGAGAAUAUUUGACGAAUGGAUUUGGUGACUCGAGAUGAGGAAGCAUCAAUCCAGCGCAUCGACAGAGGGCCCAAACUGCGGCUUCUUCCACUGUUUCGGUGGCGGCUGGCGGCCGCACGAGGAGCGUCGCUAGCUGGAGAAGUGUACGAAUGAGAUGCUUUUGAUGGCAAGCUUCACGCAUGCAAAGCUCUGAGUCUGCACACGACGCUGAGAAACGCAAGGAAGCUUGCCCUCCUCCUUGGUUCGAACGUACCUCGAACGGUUCCACAUUACCAGACAAAAUCGCGUGACUCACAUAGAGCGAUAACGAGCCAUGACGACACUCAGAGCCUGAAACACCCCAUCAGAUAAAAAACAGCACUACCUCCAGUGCAUUUGGGUUCUGAGCCAAUGCAAGGAGGCCGGCGGAACGAGAGAGGAAGAACAGAGCGGAAAAGGAAUGCUCGUGCUACUCACUUGACAGAAAGGCGUGCACCAGGCAGCCAGCUGCUGGCGACAAAGCAAGAUUCGAAAAUUGAACGAGAAUUUACUACACACCGGCCUGAGAGGGGGGCGAGGUGGCAGUGGCGCCAUGCAGACACGGCCAAGCCGGCCUCAACAUCUUAGAGCCAAACAGAAUAUAACAAGCACAAUCGACACCAGAUGAUGCUCUGAAAUUACCGUGUAGGUACGGAUCCGCACUGCUCCAUCAGCGCACCAGCGGCAACAGGAGCACACGCAAAACAUUGUUGUAUCUUAGUUCCGCCGAUGUCUAUCUCUACCCCCUCACCUGCCUCCCUCUAGCUCAGACCAGCACGUCUCUCAAGCCCACGAACGGUUGUUCAAGGAUACUCGCCGCACUCUCUCUGCCAAUCCCCCCCCCCCCUCCCCGA